CCCUCUGCUAUUAACCUGCUUUCCCUUUGUGAAAUCUCAACCAUUUGCUUGCUUCUAUUCAUUUUCGGAUCCCACGCCUCCGACCUGCCCUGCAGGAUUCUUCAGGUUCCGCUUUAGAAAAUGGACUUGACACAGAACAACGAAACUCUCGCUCCUCCCAUUGAACUCGGAGUGAGUCGACCCACCGUCACCAUACCCAUGAAGCCCAUACCAUCCUCAUCGAGUCCAUCCUACGCCGUCGCGCCAUCUUCUUCGACAAUGCACGCCAUUCAAAACAUUUACACUACGACGUUCUCUCUUGUAGGCACCGAGUUUCUUCAACGUUUGGUCCAGGAGCUCGCUCGGUGGAUAAAAGUGCCCACUGUUCUACUUUUGCAACUCAUAACGUUGGAUGAAUACAAGGACUCUUCGCUUGAAGAAGAGUUUAAGCUGGUCUCUGAACAGGGGAUCGCUCACCACACCAACAAAUACCCUCUCCAUUCACCAACUGGUCUAAGUGUCUCCGAAUCUUGUUAUGAUACUGACCAGUCUCAACGUUUCAUGUCGGACGGUUACUCGAAUUCAUCGGCCCUCAGCAACCAGCUGUUCCUCACUCGAGCGUCCUAUGCGACAUCAGAUACAGAAACACUUCAACCGUGCACGGCGAUUCCCCUUUCAUUACUACAGGACGGACCACAUAUCAAAACGCUUAUCGAUGGUUCCUGUUGUAUCACCGAACAUGCCAUGCAGUCGUGCUCUGUCUACGGUACAUAUCACGGGUUUGCCGGUGUACGAUUGGAAAUUCCUUCCGAAGAUGGAUCUAGCGAGACCUUGGGCGUCUUGUGCGUCAUGAACGAUCAUCCGAUGAGUGAAGAGGAUCUUCGGACCACCUUCAAUCUUUUCGAUGCACUGAAAGAACGAUGUGCUCGAGAAUUGGAACGAAUACGGGAAGCCGAACGACUGAUUCAAGCCAAAAAUGCCGCUACGUUGGAUGCUGAAAAUAAGAUCAAGUUCUUGGCCGAUAUGAGUCACGAAAUAAGAACCCCCAUGAACGCUGUCAUUGCCCUGACCGAUCUGUUACUACAGGAACGAAGCACCUUGAACGAAGAACAAGCCGAGCAUCUAGAAGUUAUCCAGACGAGUGGACAUCAUCUUUUAACUAUUAUCAACGAUAUUCUUGACAUUUCAAAACUGAAUCAUAACCCGAAUUUCAAGCUGGAAAGUCGGCGAUUCAGUUUACGGAAAUGUGUUAAAGAUACGCUCAAUAUGGCACGGCAUCAAGCUUCCAUGAGUCAACAGAACAAAAUUGUUUACGUUACAGAAUGUCCGAUGGAUAUUAGUGACAGUAUGCCAUUGCCCCAAGUCAUAGCUCAUCUCGAGAAAACUGGCGUUUUGUGUCCCUCGCAAAUACAGCACAAGGGUAAAACCCUUCUUCCCCUGAUAUGGAAAAUUGAUAACGAUAUACCCGACUAUCUCAUGGGUGACACAAUGCGUUUGACUCAAAUUAUGCUUAAUCUAUGCUCUAAUGCGGUCAAGUUUACAAAACAUGGUGGCAUUCGCAUUCGCAUUAAACGAUACGUACCUACGCCAGCUCAAUCCAGUUCACAGCAACCUACGAGGAUGACCUUCAAGCAGCGUUACGAUGCUAAAAUAGAAACUAUUUGGACGCAGGCGAUGCGAGGGAAAAAGAAAGGAGGGGACGCUGGCGCUGGCGCGAGCGAUGACGAGGAAAAUGCCCAAGCAGAAAAAGCCAUUCUCGAAAUUUCCGUCACAGACACAGGCAUCGGCAUUCCCGCCGAUCGGUUACCCAAGCUGUUCAAGUCGUUUUCGCAAAUCGAUAUUUCCACCGCACGUCGUUACGGAGGUACAGGGCUGGGCCUUGCUAUUUCUAGUACACUUGUCAAUCAUAUGGGCGGAGGAUUAUGGGUGGAAUCAGAAGAAGGCGUCGGAUCUCGAUUUGCCUUGACUCUGCCCAUGACGAUCGCUUCAAGACCGCCGAUGGAAAGUCGCACUAAUACGGACACCAGUGGAGGUAACUGUAUCACCUCUCCCCCUUCUCCCAGUUCCACCGCUUCUGAUGGUAGCAGCAGCGUCCAUUCCAAUCUCGGCGAUCGUAUGAACGAUAACAUGUUGUCGUUUCACUCCACCACCUCGUCCACCGCCCCUCCAUCUCACUUGUCAAGCUACUUCCCUCCCAUGAUGAGCUCCUCACUCGUUAACAAUAGCGGUCAUACACGUGCCAAAAUUCAGCAAUCGCAAUUACCUUAUUCGUGUCUUUCCGCGCGGCAGCAACAGCAACAGCAACCGUCUCCGCCGUCAGUGACCUCGCCUGCUUCGCCCCAGAUGCCUCAACAGUUUUCUCCACCAUCGGAACCCGGAACACGCAGUACUCUGUCAUUACAGGCUUUUGGUAACAGUAGAGAACAUGCCUGGGGAUCCCAAAGUCAAUUGUCGAUACCGAGUAUAGCUCCCACUACGCCUUUGCCGGUGACUCAUUCAUCGCAUGGUUACGCCAGUGACAAGAAAAUGGGCAUGCGGCCCCCAGCAAGUGCACCCGAUUCACAAUUAAACUCCACUAAAAUGAAUACGGAUUUGUUGUCUUUACCGUCCAUGCCACGGUCGGGCCGUAUCGUGACCACCAAGUAUAAUCAUCAUCGCAAACCAGCAAGUAAGGAAGAAAAUCUCGCUAAACUGUAUCCGAUCAAAAUCAUGUUGGCCGAAGACAAUGUUUUGAACCAAAAGAUCGCCAUCAGCAUCUUGAAACGACUCGGUUACCAAGACGUUACCUUGGCUAAUAACGGAAGAGAGGUCCUAGAGUUAAUGCGAAAAACAAAAUUCGACUUGAUUUUUAUGGAUUUAUAUAUGCCGGAGAUGGAUGGUUUGGAAGCUACGCGUGUAAUCGUCUCGGAGCGAAAGAAAAUUACAUGUUCACCACAACAUACUUCGGGACCAGCCGAAGAAAGUCCACUCCUGAAUGCUGCCGAGGUGUAUAUCAUUGCUUUGACAGCGUCGGCUUCGAGACAAGACCGCCAAAUUUGCAUUGACGCCGGAAUGAACGAUUUCAUCAGCAAACCGUUUACUAUGUUGGAGAUGAAGUCAUCGCUAAAGAACUGUGUGUCAAAACGGAAAAAACGUAGAAAACAGCAAAGCAAGGAUCACAAAGAUAUGCUGGAAGAUGAUCCAAUGGUGGGUGUGGAAGAAACGCGGCCAAACGAUGAAAGUAACGCCGACAGUCCGAUCAGUAAUCUCGGGUCGCCGUCCAGCUCAAACAGCAUUAAUGACAGAUGACCCAAAAAACCAAGGAGGUAGUCUUGUCGCGGAGCGGUCUUGCUAUAAUAAUUUUUGUUAUUAGUCUAUUUCUUUUUUUCUCUCAUUUGUUUUGCUUUUAUUUUCUUUCUACUAUCGUUUUAUAUCUUGCGUUCCUUGCGUCUAUUGCGUGAAUUUUAUUUUUACUCCUUCGUAUUUCGAUUUCUCGACCAGCAUCCGUAUUUUGUAGAUUGCUAUCUGGCAAGUAUGUAUUGUAAAUUGUUCUUAACAUGGAAAUUUGAUCUCUUUGAAUCCCUUGUUUGUUGCACUUAUCCAUGCCACAGGAUCAGCUUGGAUGAAAAAUAACUACCAAACUUGCAGAUUAAAAUUGUAAUGUGCAGUACUCAA